UUUUAUGCUGUACUACUUUUAUCUCACCUUUCCAAAAAAGAUGACUUCAUCCUUGUCUUUAUUGCUGUGUCUCAUUCUUCUCCAUAAUGUUUUGGUGGCGGGUGGAUUUACAGGUACGUAUGGGAUAAAUUAUGGAAGGAUUGCAGACAAUAUUCCAGCUCCUGAAAGCGUUGUAACGCUUCUCCAGGCAAACAAGAUUAAAAAUGUCAGAAUCUACGAUGCGGACAAAGGAGUUCUAACAGCUUUUAAAGGCUCAGGAAUUCAAAUAAUCAUCGGACUUGGCAACGAAUUUCUUAAAGACAUAAGUGUGAACGAAGAUCGCGCUGUUGAAUGGGUGAAAAUAAACGUACAGCCUUAUCUCCCCGAUACCUUAAUAAGUGGCAUAGCAGUUGGAAACGAAAUUCUUGGAGGUGGAGAUGUAGAAAUCUGGGAAGCAUUAGUCCCUGCUGCUAAAAAUGUGUACAGUGCUCUUGACAAGUUGGACUUAGCACAUAAAAUUGAAGUGUCAAGUCCACAUUCAGAAGCUGUUUUUGAAGAUACAUAUCCUCCAUCCGCUGGUGUAUUCAAACAAAGUAUACUUCCUUAUAUGUUACCACUAUUGAAUUUCUCAAGCCAAAUUGGUUCACCUUUCUACAUAAAUGCAUACCCUUUUUUGGCCUAUAAAAGUGACCCUAGCCACAUUGAUCUCAACUAUGCACUAUUCGAAAAAUCGACUGGUAUAUACGAUGCAAAAACCAAGUUGCAUUAUGACAACAUGUUUGAGGCUAUGAUUGAUGCAGCGUAUUUCGCGUUGGAGAACGCGGGGUUCGAGAAAAUGCCAGUAAUUUGUUCAGAAACUGGAUGGGCUUCAAAUGGGGAUGAGAAUGAAGCUGGUGCUAAUGUGAAGAAUGCAAGAACUUAUAAUAAAAAUUUGCGUAAAAAGUUGUUGAAGAAAAAAGGGACACCUUAUAGGCCAAAAAUGGUGAUGAGAGCUUAUGUAUUUGCUCUGUUUAAUGAAAAUUUGAAACCUGGACCAACUUCUGAGAGGAACUUUGGAUUGUUUAAAGCUGAUGGAAGUAUUGCUUAUAAAAUUGGAUUUAGAGGACUUGUGCCUUCUUCAGCAUCAAAGGACUUUGUACUGCGAGGCGGAUUUUGGAGUUUCCAAUGGUUUAUUGUUGUGGCCAGCACGGUAAUGCUACUUCAAUUUGUAGACUUAUGACCGUACAUAGAAACUUAGCUCAUGAACGUAUGACACCCUCAUUUGUCUUGUACAAAAUAUACUUGUAAAAACUAUACAGCUUGGGACCUCUGAUUGUCCAAUUUUAUGGGAGCCUUUAUUCUUAGUAUAAAAUAGUUACAAAUUCAAUU